CUCUCUUUCCCUCCCCCCCUUUCCUCUCUCCCUCUCUCCCCUUCCCCCCACCCUCUCUGGUGUAUCUGUCUACGGCAACCAGCGUCCUCCUCAUCUACACGCAAAGGAAAGAAACAUCUUUGGUUGGGAGAGAAGGAGGAAAAAAAAAGAGAGAGAGAGGAAAAAACUUGCCUGGUUGUGGAAAAUGACACUUGAAGUAGCAAAGCCGGCAGCGCGAGUUGAGUCUAUUGUUUCUUAAAUUGCCAUCAGGGUUUUUUUUUUUUUUUUUUUUCUUCCUGCUUCUUCAAGUGAAGGGUACCUCUACAAAAGGAAACUCCAGCCCCUCCUGUCCUCCACCGGCCUGUGAUCAUUACAAAAAAAAAAAAAAAAGCAAAAAAAAAAAAAAAGCACCCAAACCAAAAAUCAACCAACCAAAACAACCCCCAACAGCCAAGCAUACAUCUCUAAUUUUAUUAUUUUGGUCUUUUCGUUGGAUUUUCCCUUUCUUCUUUUUUUCGGGUUAUCGCUCAGUUUUGAGCAGAGGUUUACAUUUUUUAAAAAUUUGCUUUCCAGCCCGCCUUGAUCUUCUAAGUGCGAGUUCAUCGUCUGAGAAAAAAAAUCUCUGGUUGGCGUUUUUGUUUCUUUUCUUUUUCUUUCUUUUCUUUCCCUUUUUUUUUUUUUUUUUAAAUUUUUUCAAGGGGGAGGAGAUUUUCCACAAGAAAAGGUUGUUUUCAUGUUUGGGAUUCAGGAAAGCAUCCAACGGAGUGGAAGCAGCAUGAAGGAAGAGCCGCUGGGCAGCGGCAUGAACGCGGUGCGGACGUGGAUGCAGGGCGCCGGGGUGCUGGACGCCAACACGGCGGCGCAGAGCGGGGUGGGUCUGGCCCGGGCUCACUUUGAGAAGCAGCCGCCUUCCAAUCUGCGGAAAUCCAACUUCUUCCACUUCGUCCUGGCCCUCUACGACAGACAGGGCCAGCCCGUGGAGAUCGAGAGGACAGCGUUUGUGGGGUUCGUGGAGAAGGAAAAAGAAGCCAACAGCGAAAAGACCAAUAACGGAAUUCACUACCGGCUUCAGCUUCUCUACAGCAAUGGGAUACGGACGGAGCAGGAUUUCUACGUGCGCCUCAUUGACUCCAUGACAAAACAAGCCAUAGUGUAUGAAGGCCAAGACAAGAACCCAGAAAUGUGCCGAGUCUUGCUCACACAUGAGAUCAUGUGCAGCCGCUGUUGUGACAAGAAAAGCUGUGGCAACCGAAAUGAGACUCCCUCAGAUCCAGUGAUAAUUGACAGGUUCUUCUUGAAAUUUUUCCUCAAAUGUAACCAAAAUUGCCUAAAGAAUGCAGGAAACCCACGUGACAUGCGGAGAUUCCAGGUCGUGGUGUCUACGACAGUCAAUGUGGAUGGCCAUGUCCUGGCAGUCUCUGAUAACAUGUUUGUCCAUAAUAAUUCCAAGCAUGGGCGGAGGGCUCGGAGGCUUGACCCCUCGGAAGGUACGCCCUCUUAUCUGGAACAUGCAGCUACUCCCUGUAUCAAAGCCAUCAGCCCGAGUGAAGGAUGGACGACGGGAGGCGCGACUGUGAUCAUCAUAGGGGACAAUUUCUUUGAUGGGUUACAGGUCAUAUUCGGUACCAUGCUGGUCUGGAGUGAGUUGAUCACUCCUCAUGCCAUCCGUGUGCAGACCCCUCCUCGACACAUCCCUGGUGUUGUGGAAGUCACACUGUCCUACAAAUCUAAGCAGUUCUGCAAAGGAACACCAGGCAGAUUCAUUUACACAGCGCUCAACGAACCCACCAUCGAUUAUGGUUUCCAGAGGUUACAGAAGGUCAUUCCUCGGCACCCUGGUGACCCCGAGCGUUUGCCAAAGGAAGUAAUACUCAAAAGGGCUGCGGAUCUGGUAGAAGCACUGUAUGGGAUGCCACACAACAACCAGGAAAUCAUUCUGAAGAGAGCGGCUGACAUUGCCGAGGCCCUGUACAGUGUUCCCCGCAACCACAACCAACUCCCGGCCCUUGCUAACACCUCGGUCCAUGCGGGGAUGAUGGGCGUGAAUUCGUUCAGUGGACAAUUGGCCGUGAAUGUCUCCGAGGCAUCACAAGCCACGAAUCAGGGUUUCACCCGCAACUCAAGCAGCGUAUCACCACACGGGUACGUGCCGAGCACCACUCCCCAGCAGACCAACUAUAACUCCGUCACCACGAGCAUGAACGGAUACGGCUCUGCCGCCAUGUCCAAUUUGGGCGGCUCCCCCACCUUCCUCAACGGCUCAGCUGCCAACUCCCCCUAUGCCAUAGUGCCAUCCAGCCCCACCAUGGCCUCCUCCACAAGCCUCCCCUCCAACUGCAGCAGCUCCUCGGGCAUCUUCUCCUUCUCACCAGCCAACAUGGUCUCAGCCGUGAAACAGAAGAGUGCUUUCGCACCAGUCGUCAGACCCCAGACCUCCCCACCUCCCACCUGCACCAGCACCAACGGGAACAGCCUGCAAGAUCAGUCUUUUGUGGACUCUAGCAAGUUCUCCAGUGCAGGGUCUCUCCCGGGACUGGCCUUCUCCUGAACGAUAUCUGGCAUGAUUGUUCCUCCUAUGUGAAAGAAUUGCCUUGAAGAAUUGUAUUAAUGAAGAGGUUGGAUUCUGCUACAGAGAGUAAUCUGAUACAAGUCCCAGAGUGGAACUUUUAACUCAGGCCUUUUUAAGAGGAAUCACAAUAACUGCAGAUUUUUAAACAAACAAAAUCACCGACCUUGCAAAUACUGAAAUUUGGAAGAGGGAUCUGCAAGUGCAGGGUGUUGGUUAAAGUUGUACCUCCCAAGUAUUUGGGGGAUAUAUUUAUUCUGUAUUGACAAAAGCAAAUCCACUUUUUCUUUUUCUUUUUUUUUUAAGCUUAAUUCUGCAAUCAUUUGUCUUUUAUAAACCGUAAAGCUCUAUACAAGGGACACUAUAAAUAAGACUCCAUGUUUUAAUUUAUGAUGUUUUUAAAGCUGUGUAAAGGAAGAAUGAAGUGGUGAUAUUUACAAAAAAGUAAAAAAAAAAGAAAAGAAAAAAGAAAAAAAAAAAGCUUGUAUGGGACAGAAUAGGAAUGCCAGUUAGAUUUUUUAGAAGAACUAAGGGUCGGCUUUUGCGCCUUAAAGCAUAUCAAAUGGUAGUUAGCUCAGACAGUGCAUUUUCAAUAUCUAACUUAACAUGCCACCCCUUAGCAGUGCAAGCUUAUUUAUCUCUUUUGUAUUGUUGUCUUAAGUAACUGUGUAAAUAAAUGCAGCCUGGAAAGUUAAAACGCGAUGUAAGUGAUCACAUUUUUCCCUCUACUCGAAAAUCCAGUGCCUCUAGACAGAUUGUUAAAACUGCAUAUUUAAAUCUGAUCUCAUUCUCUCCUUUUACUUAAGUCAGUUUCUUCUGAAGCCGAUGGCCUCUCGAGAGCUUGGUGGCACACAUACUGUGUGAGAAUCUCCUUUGAGACUUCAUGGAACAGGGUCCAGGCACAGAAUUCCACACUCUGCCCUCCAGUUAACAAGCCAAAACCUCACGUACGCUCCCCCAUUUGCAAGUUUAAAGUUUACUCAUCCUAAAUGCUGACUUCAUACCUAUCUUCCAAAAGUUGAUAAGAGCAACGUGGCAGGUAUUUUCGAUUUUCCCAUUCAAGAUACUGCCUCUACCAGUCGACCCUUACCAUUUGUAACAUAAUAGAUUAAAACAACAGGUUAAGUGCUUUGGAAUUAAGAGUUAAAGGGAACCCGGGGUGGGGAAAGGAAAAGAAGGUUGAGACCUCCAAAACAUAGUUUUCUGUUCUAUGGGAAUUUUUGCUCUCAUUAUCUGGGAAGUGUUCUUAAAAAUAAGAAUUAAAAGCAAAGAUGCAGCAAAGCUCUGAGGAUGCAUUUGCCUGAUAUUUUUUUCUUUGCUCUUGUGUUUUUGUAUGUAGUUAUAAAUACUGUAGAUUUUUUUUGUGAUUUUUUGCCAAAGUUCUUGUUCUAUUUAUACAUUUUAAUGUCUUAAGACAUUUUUUCAAUAUCACAAAAAGAUUUUACUGCAUAUUUUGCAAAGAAAAAAAGCUCACUACCUUUAGCUUGCACAUACUUGCAAAGUUAAUUAAAAGGCUUUUUGUUUUAAAGGGGAUUUUGUAAAAUAUCCAUAUAAAUAAUGUAUUUAUCUUUCGAAUUUGUACAUUGCUUUUCCCUUCUUCCUCUUCCUCCCACCCCCAAUUUAUUUUAUUGUGUAUGUUUGCUAUGUGAAAAGUGCGUAUUUGUUUGGUCACCUACACUUGUAUUAGCUGUUUCAAUGUGAUUUUUAAACAUUUCAUUUAUAGUUAUUUUUAGUAUUGUUAUAAACCAUGCUUCAGUUUUUUUAAUUUCCACCCAAAAGUCAUUGUCUAUUUUUGUAUUAUUUGUAAGUUAAGAAGUUUUUUCCAAUAUAUGGCAAAAAAAAUAGUAGCAUAUUAUUCUUGUAGUAUUUAGUUCAGUAGAUUAAAAAAAAAUGUAUCCUUUGCUUUGGAAGCUUACAAAACAACCCUAAUGCUGUUUUACUCUAUUAAUAUGCAUGGAAUCUCUCCCUUUGGAGUGACGCAUUUUGUGCAUUAAAUUCUAGGGAGAAACUUCAUAGAAAUCAAUGAACAUACUUUCUUUCUUAAGUCUGCUUGUAUAUUUUCUCUGUCUUUCACAUAAAUAUAAACCAGCAGAUUGGAUGCCUUAACAAUGCAAAUCAUAUUCAUUUCACUUGUACAUUGUAACUGUGCACCAGAACUGUCAGUCAUCACUAACAUUCUAAGAAAAAAGAAAAAGAAAAAAAGAAAAAAAAAAAGAAAUCGAAAAGCACAAAAGAACUGUUUUGUUACCUUAAGACAAUGUAACUUUUUCUAGUAGAGCAAGAAAUCAUUUACAACAAUGCUGCAACUGUGCAUGCCCCCAUAUGGAUUUUGCAAUGGUUUUCACUAGACUGUCAAGAGUGCGAUUUUUAUGGGUUGGGGUGGGUGGGGGAGGGGAGUUGUGGGAGGGUAAGGGAGGGAGGAAAGCUGUUUUUCAUGGUGAGAAAUAAUAAUGAUGACUAAUAAUAAUAAAAAAACUGGAAAAUGUAAGCAAGGUGGACGCAUUGCUUCUCGGUACUCAGAAAGGUUAUCUGAAUUUGCGUGGUAAGCGCUGGCCUGAAGAUGUACACAAGUUAAAGCCAUAUUUUGUCUGGUGAGCCCCUUAACUGUUUCUGAAGGAAUGAACGGUGAGCCGGGAAGGUGCCCGGCUUAGACCUUGACAACAGACGCUACCCAUUUGUCAGCCAUGUGCAGUGGUUAGAACUCUUCUUGAAAGUCCAAAGAGCCUUUAAAAUGUGUAUAAUUUGUGUUUCGUUGCUUCCAUUUCUAUUGAUUAGAUGAAAAGACAUUCUGGCCCUCUGAUCCUCUUUCUUCUCCACAAAAGUUUUACAAAUAAAAGAUGUUCCCCUAAAUACAGAAUAUGGCUUUAAGAAGAAAAUGAAAUGAAGAAUUAAAUUAAGAGUUCAGUGUUGGGGCAAAAAUAGAGCUUCUGGAUGACUGGAUUGCAUAACAUUGCCCUGGCCUCACAUUGUACUAGGAUGCAGCUUAAAUGAAGUCAUCUCUAAAUCUACUAACCUUUCACCUUCUUAUCAAAACUUUUUCAAUAGACACACACUGUACAGUUCAAUUGUUAGAGAACCUAACUACUGUAGAGAUUGUUAUAAUUUUUUUUUUUUUGCAAAAAUUCAAGCUGUAAAAACUUUUCAACUUUCACAAUAUUUAAUUAAAGUUACUUCCUGUCUGUGAUGGCA